GGGUGCGCGCGGCCGCUCCGGCGGUGGUCAGCUAAGGUUACCUCUCGCCUGAGACUUGGGCCUGGCUACUAGGAGCCAGAGCCAGCGCUUAAACAUCUCUCACAAGCAAGCAGCUGAAAGUAUCAGCUUGAACCCUCUAUGUGAGACUCUAGGAGCCACGAGAAGGGUCCAACUCUGUCACCCUGGCAAGUUACAGCUUUUAGUGUCUGGAAUCCACAAUGGGAAUUUCCAUGUUGGAUGGGAUGAAGCAGAGACAGGUGGCAAACUGAAGGACAUUGGCCAGGCAGAGGCCAGUGGAUAGCUCCCUGUGUCUGGAAGACGACAACCUUGGGAUUCCUCUGGGAUUUCACGAGCCUCGCUGCUGAGUCGAAGAAUUUUGUGGUUUCAAAAAACAACUCUCCCUCAACAAGUUCUGUUUGCAAGAAAGACCUUAACCAUUUGUCCCCUCUGACGUACUUUCUUCCGUUGAGAUCCAUGCAGAAUAGACCAGAGAUGGGCAGCAGUGAGCCCCUUCCCAUCGUGGAUAGUGACAAGAGGAGGAAGAAGAAGCGCAAGACCCGGGCCACAGACUCUCUGCCAGGAAAGUUUGAAGAUGUAUACAAGCUGACCUCUGAGUUGCUGGGAGAGGGAGCCUAUGCCAAAGUCCAGGGUGCUGUGAGCCUGCAGACCGGCAAAGAGUAUGCUGUCAAAAUCAUUGAAAAGCAAGCAGGGCACAGUCGGAGUCGAGUAUUCCGUGAAGUGGAGACGCUAUAUCAGUGUCAAGGAAACAGGAACAUUUUGGAGCUGAUUGAAUUCUUUGAAGAUGACACACGGUUUUACUUGGUCUUUGAGAAAUUGCAAGGAGGCUCCAUCCUCGCACACAUCCAGAAGCGGAAGCACUUCAACGAGCUAGAAGCCAGCAGAGUGGUGCGGGACGUUGCCGCUGCCCUUGACUUCCUGCACACUAAAGGCAUUGCUCACCGUGAUCUGAAGCCAGAAAAUAUACUGUGUGAAUCUCCAGAAAAGGUGUCUCCAGUGAAAAUUUGUGACUUUGACUUGGGCAGUGGGGUGAAACUGAACAACUCCUGCACACCCAUAACCACACCAGAGCUGACGACUCCAUGCGGCUCUGCAGAGUAUAUGGCACCCGAGGUGGUGGAGGUCUUUAGGGACGAGGCCACUUUCUAUGACAAGCGCUGUGACCUAUGGAGCCUGGGUGUGGUCCUCUACAUCAUGCUGAGUGGCUACCCCCCCUUUGUAGGUCACUGUGGGGCUGACUGUGGCUGGGACCGGGGAGAGGUUUGCAGGGUGUGCCAGAACAAGCUAUUUGAGAGCAUCCAGGAAGGCAAAUACGAGUUUCCCGACAAGGACUGGGCUCAUAUCUCCAAUGAGGCCAAAGAUCUCAUCUCUAAGCUCCUGGUUCGAGAUGCGAAGCAAAGACUCAGCGCUGCCCAAGUUCUUCAGCACCCGUGGGUACAAGGGCAAGCUCCAGAAAGGGGACUCCCCACGCCGCAAGUCCUCCAGAGAAACAGCAGCACCAUGGACCUGACACUCUUUGCAGCUGAGGCCAUUGCCCUUAAUCGCCAGCUGUCUCAGCAUGAGGAGAACGAACUGGCUGAGGAACCUGAGGCCCUUGCUGAGGGCUUCUGCUCCAUGAAGCUGUCCCCUCCUUCCAAAUCUCGCCUGGCACGAAGGCGAGCCCUGGCCCAGGCUGGACGAGGCAGCCAUGCAAACCCAUGUUCAACACCUAUGGGGCUCUGAACCACUGCAGGCACAUCUUGUAGGCCUGCCCAGGCAAUGCCCCCUGGAAACCUGUGAGGUCAAAGUACGAAGCAAGCAGAGGGACCUGCCCCGCAGCUCCAAGCAGGCCUUUUCCAUCCACAAAGGCUUCGGUGGGUUCCCACCCAUCCCCCCAUUUCCCUUGGGUCCUUAGAGGAAAAAGCUUUUUCCACAGGGGUUGUCUUUGAAAAGGAAAGCAAUCACUUGUCACUUUGCAUAAUCGCCUGCAGCAGGAACAUCUCUUCGCUGGGCUCCAAGUGCUCCCUGUGUGCAGAUCCCGGAUCCAGCUUGCGGUGGGGGCUGCUGGGGCUGCAGCCUUCAGGGAGCCAGCGUCCAGGAGCUGACAGAGGCUGCCGACACACAUGCCUCUUUCCUCCCUGCACUGUCACCUUCUGGCAAUCCUCCCACCUUCCUCUGUCCUACAGACGUCCUCGCCGCCUGUCCUCUCCCUGGCUGAGCAAAGCCAUCCCCUCAAUUGAGGAAGGGCAGGGAGCCAGAUCCGUCUUCCAGUCUGUAGCACAGAGAAGCACAUAAUCUUUCUUUGCCGUGACCGAAAUGUAUUCCUCAUUUAUCAUCCUCUCCCAUGUUUGGGAUUGCUGCUGGAGUCAGUAUUAUUUCUCUUUUUAAAAAUAUGUUUGCUUUUUUAACCAUGUUCUUCCAGCAAUCAUAGAACUUCAAACUCCCACUGCAAGCCCGUGGACUUCCCCAAGCGGGAUAUCCAUGUGCUCUGGUUUUAAUCCCCUUUUCCCUACAGUCCCAACUGAUUUUAAACUGUUACUAUGGCGAACACUCGAGAGAUGGUGUCUUCGUCCGCUGCUGCCUUCUCCCAGGUCUUUUAUGGAGAUGGGCACAAACCCAAGGCACUUAGACUGCUGUGUCCAAGAUGAAGCUAGGUGACAGGCAGCCCAGCUGCCCCGCUCUAAGGAAUGCUGUGCCCACUGCCUCAGACAUGGGGGUGCAGCCACUGUCACAUACUACGCCGUGGAGUCGCAUAAAGAAGACAGAUCUGUGUAUGUGACACACACGUUAGUCAGCCACAAUCACCAAAUUCUGUCAUAACUUGUGCUUGUUUUAAUAAAUAAUUUUAAACUCCA